UGCAAGGAGCCGGGAGUGAGCAGCACCUUUUGUACAAUAUGUGUCUAUGUUACAUGAGUGCACCUCUGGACCUCCUGCACAUCUGUGCCUCUGUCCGUAGUUACAGUCAUGAACCAAACGCGUGUUUUUGUGGUUGUUGCCAGGUUCCCAUCGCUCAUCAUGAAUCUGACCUCCAGCUCGGCUCGUGUCCACGGUUCGCUUGACUCCCACCAGGACAUGGCCGAACUCUCUGACAGCGUCGCUCUCUGGAAGCAGCGCAACGUCUCCGUCCACGCAGGAAACUUCAGCGAGUCGCCGUCUAACAGCUCAGAGGCGGAGUUUGAUCCGCUGGGAGGACACAGCAUCUGGCAGGUCAUCAUCAUCGUCUUCCUCACGGGUUCGCUCUCUCUGGUCACGGUUGUCGGCAACAUCCUGGUGCUGGUGUCCUUCAAGAUAAACAAGGCGCUGAAGACGGUGAACAACUACUACCUGCUGAGCCUGGCCUUCGCUGACCUCACCAUUGGCACGCUGUCCAUGAACCUCUACACCACCUACAUCAUCAUGGACCAGUGGGCGCUGGGGCCCGUGGUCUGCGACCUGUGGCUCGCCAUCGACUACGUGGCCAGCAACGCGUCGGUCAUGAACCUGCUGGUCAUCAGCUUCGACAGGUAUUUCUCUGUGACCAGACCUUUGACCUAUCGGGCCAAGAGAACCACCAAAAGGGCCAUGACUAUGAUCGGACUGGCUUGGUCCAUCUCCUUCAUCCUCUGGGCCCCUGCCAUCCUGUUCUGGCAGUACAUUGUAGGCGAGCGGACGGUUCAGCCCGACGAGUGCUACAUCCAGUUCCUGUCCGAGCCCAUCAUCACGUUCUGCACCGCCAUCGCCGCCUUCUACUUGCCCGUGACCAUCAUGACCUUCCUGUUCUGGAAGAUCUACCAGGAGACGGAGAAGCGAGCCAAAGACGUGCAAGGCCUCAAGGGUUCUGGGGCGGGCGCCGGCCCGAGCCCGGCUCAGAGCUCCAGCGGCGGCGCCGCCGGGAGCCGCAAGAGCUCGUCGGCCAUGCUGCGCCAGACCAGCUCCCAGAGCUGCAGCAGCUACGAGCUGAAUCAGCAGGAUUCAGACAGGAACAACAAGGAGAACGAGGCCGCGCCGGGGGGAAGGUUCUGCCUCCGGCUCGCGUCCCUGCUGCCGGGCCGGCGCGCCCCGAAGACGCAGGUGGCGAGAGAGAGCAGCUGUGACAGCUUAAACAACAACGACGCCGGCGGCGGCUCGGAGGACGAGGGCGAUGGAACCGACACUCUGAGGCCUCCGGCAGAUAAGACGCCUAAGAAGGAUCAGCCGCCGCCGAGGUCAGCGCCCGCGUCCGCUGUGGACCAAUCGCAAGGCGCCAUAUCCAUCAAGGAAGCGGCCAUGGCCAAGCGCUUCGCGUCCAAAGCCAAGACCGAGAUCAACAAACGCAAGAACGAGAAGAAGGCGAACGAGAAGAAGGCGGCGCGGACGCUCAGCGCCAUCCUGUUGGCCUUCGUCACCACGUGGCUGCCGUACAACAUCAUGGUGCUGGUCAACACCUUCUGCCAGGACUGCAUCCCCGGAACCCUGUGGGCUCUGGGCUACUGGCUGUGCUACGUCAACAGCACGGUCAACCCCAUGUGCUACGCGCUGUGCAACAAGACCUUCCGCACCACCUUCCGAGACAUCCUGAUGUGCCAGUGGAAGCAGAAGAAGAACAAGCCGCACUUCCAUCAGAGGCAGGGAGCGGCGUUCCGGAAAAAGGACCCGGCGUAGGCGGGGAAGACGCCUCGGCCUUCGGGGGGAGCGGAUCGGAACUCGUCGGAGACGUGAGGGGGUCGUUGCGGAGCGGCGCCGGCUGCGUGUCCGAGCAACAGCAUCUCAGCAGCUGGAGUGAAAACGCGCAGCCCAGAGAGGAUAUUCAGACUGUCUAUGGCCCCUCGUUCUUUUAUUCAGCCCCAAAAAUCAAUACCCGUGAUGACAUGAGAAGCUCUAAGCGUGACCCCCCGUGUGCAAAUAUGACUCAAUACUAGUACUCAACUUUGCACUUUGUGUUUGUUGUUUUGUUGUUGUGUGUCACUCGGCGUCGCUGACGCUUUCCUGCACUGAUGUUCACAUGUGCAGUAUAUGAGUCGAAGAUUAAUAAAAGAAAUUACAUGUCUAACACAUUGAAAUGUUGCUGAAUAUGAUCAAUAUGUAACGGGCCAAUAUACAGUUUUACUGAGGCAACGUUAAGAGUAGGUCUGCGCAAAAAGUGUCCGCUAGCGCCCUCUAGUGGCUUCAGAGGAAACUGAUGAAUUAUUCAUUGGACUUUGAUUAAAGCAAACAAUGUUGUUAAAUGGGCGACUUCAUGCCCUUAAAUAUUCAAACUUGAUGCGUGUUAAAAGUGUAAGUAAUGUUUUUAUCGUUGUUUGUGACCUGAAUUUGUGCUGCACUUCACACCUGAUGAGAAUAAUCUGGUUUGUGAGAGAAGAAAAAGAUAACAUCACGUCUGUUCAAAAUUAUUUCUGCUUUUUAA